ACAGAGGCGCUGCUCGCCUGCGCAACUCCCUCCUGGCCCAGGCCGGCCAUGGCGGCGGCGGCUGCGGCGCGGCAGCUGCCUCUGGUGGUGAUCCUGGGGGCGACGGGCACCGGCAAGUCCCGGCUGGCGCUGCAGCUCGGCCUCCGGCUUGGCGGCGAGAUCAUCAGCGCGGACUCCAUGCAGAUAUACCAAGGACUGGACAUAAUCACCAACAAAGCUUCCCCAGAGGAGCAGGCGCUGUGCAAGCAUCACAUGAUCAGUUUUGUGGACCCCUUGGUGACCAACUACACCGUGGUGGACUUCCGGAACAAAGCCACGUCCCUCAUCCAAGAUCUCUUUUCCUGCAAGAAGAUCCCAAUUGUGGUUGGGGGAACCAACUAUUACAUAGAAUCUCUGCUCUGGAAGGUCCUCAUUAACCCAGAGGAGAAGACCAGGACUCCAAGUCCAGCAGGAGGAACAUCUGAUCGGAAAGUCGAAUUGGAGAAGCUGGAUGGCCCAGAGCUCCAUCGCCGCCUGACCCAGGUGGACCCCGAGAUGGCAGGCAAACUGCAUCCCCACGAUAAGCGGAAGGUAGCCAGGAGUUUGCAAGUGUAUGAAGAAACGGGCUUCACCCACAGCGAGCUGCUGCAGAAGCAGCAGCAGGAGGAAGGCGGGGGCCCAUUGGGGGGGGGCCUGAAGUAUCCCAACCCUUGCAUCUUAUGGCUUUAUGCAGAACAGGCAGUUCUGGAUGAGAGGCUCGAUGCACGUGUGGACGCCAUGCUGGCAGCUGGGCUGCUGGAGGAACUGCGAGAUUUCCACCGGCGAUACAACCAGGAGAAGAUGGCGGAGAGCUGCCAGGAUUAUCAGCAUGGUAUUUUCCAGUCCAUCGGCUUCAAGGAAUUUCACGAAUUCCUGAUCACGGAGGGCAAGUGCUCAGAGGAGCAGAGCACGCAGCUCUUAAACAAAGGAAUUGAGGCCCUGAAGUUGGUGACCAGGCGAUACGCCCGCAAGCAGAACAAGUGGGUCAAGAACCGCUUCUUAAGACGCCCUGGACCCAACGCUCCCCUUGUAUAUGGCUUAGAAGUCUCUGAUCUCUCUCAGUGGGAGAAGAAGGUGCUGGAGCCAGCUGUCCAUAUUGUGGAUAGCUUUCUCCAGGGGCGGCAGCCACUGGUGGAGCCUAUCAGGAUGGAGCGCGAGCCGGAUGAGAACAAGCGGAGAGCCCAUGAGUGUGUGCUGUGUGAAAGAAUCAUCAUUGGGGAUCGAGAAUGGAAUGCUCACAUAAAAUCCAAGUCCCACCUUUUCCAUCUGAGGAAAUCAUGGAAGUCACAUUCUGACCCCCUUUCGGCAAAGUGCCAGAGCAGCAACAUAGAGACUGGCAGAAACUGCAGAGUCAUGUCAGCAGAGAACUUGGAAGCCUGCAAGACGUAGCCAGACCCUUGGUGGGAACUCCCAGUUCUUUUAUGAGGUCAGAUUUGGGCAGGACUCCACUUUCGCCAUGCAAAUCGUGUGGAGGCAGGAAGGAGGAUUCCAGCCUGGAAAUAACCAGAUGCUUUGUCUCCACCAGGAAUUCUCUGCCAAAAACCAAGCAAACACUGGUUUGAAUAUGUUGGUGCCAGUUUAUCUUUUUAACUUGCAUUUAAAAGACCGUCAUUUUUGUAUUGCAAAACCAUUAACAGUGCCUUUGGACUCUGAGACUGCUGUGUCUCCAAGGGAAAGAAGCCAAGAUGACCAUCCUGGGACAUACACAAAGAUCACUGGAGUAAAGUAAACACUCACCAUGGUGACAAAGGGCUGGAGCUUUGUAUCUUCUGUUUGUAUCUUCUGUUUCUAACAAAUGGGCAACUGGUGGCCCAGGAGGGACAUCUACCUUGCAGGGGACUUUCUUCUGGCCCCUCAAACUGCCCAAUGGCAUGUUGGGAGCAUCCUCCCACCAGAAGGCUAAAGCAUUGGUUAGCAGGGGGAACAGCUUGAGGGCCACUAAGCGGAGCAAUGUGGGCCUCAUCUUUCGAGGACUCUUAGUUAGAUUCCAGUUUUUUGGAAACAGAGCCAGCAUUCAACUUGGGGCCCUUAGAAGAAGACAGGGACCCAAAUGUGGCUCUUGGGCUGGAAAGGUUGCCCACUCAUGCCUUAAUGUGUCAUUUCUGUGCCACUUUGGGGCUGUUUCACGUGCCCUUGUGAGGUAAAACAGAGAUACAUCCAUAGCAAAAAGCAACGUUAAGUGUCGUUUUGUAUUUCCAAAUGGCUGUAUCUCGGUUCACCGUGAGGGUGUGCUUUUGUGGCGCAAGAAGAGUUAUGGGGGAGAUAUCCCUUGUUUGGUCACCACCCCCACCCCACAAAUCAAUCACAGAAGCUCACCCCCUUGUCUAGGGGCUUUGAGGGGUCUCCGUGACAAACUAAUUGUGUUACAUGGCUGGAGCCUUUGUACAACAGGUGCCUUCUGUAGCUGUGCCUGGUUUCCCUUUGGCACCUCAUUUCUAGCUACAUGAAGGAACCCAGCAUACCUCUCGGAGUUAUCAGAGGAUUUCAGCCUACAUCUGAGUUUAGUUCUGGGUUGUUGGCAAGCAUCACUGAACUGCGUGUCGAUUAAUAAAGGCCUGAUCAUUCCCCUGA